AUGUCCGAUCCGCUUCUGUUCGAAGACACCUUCACCAUCACUAGCGUCAAUGCCCAGAAGUACGAUCGCGUUUCGCGUCUGACUUGCGAGUCUUCCGACUCAUCUAUCACCUUCACUCUCGAUGUGAACUCGGAGCUCUACCCAUGCGUCGCCGGCGAGUCGAUUUCCAUGGCUCUGGCCUCGACUCUGUCUCUUGAUGGCAAGGAGGAUACCCGUGCAAGCUGGAGAGAGGUCAGCAUGGGCGAGCAGACUCUUGCCAACGACUACGACUAUGUCUGCCACGGCAAGGUUUACCGAUUCGAGGAGGGUUCGACCAAGGAUACCAUGGCCGUUUUCGUCUCUUUCGGUGGCUUGCUGCUUUACCUGGAGGGUGCUUACAAGAAGCUUGCGCCUUUGAAGAUCGACCACGUCUACCUUCUCCUCAAGAAAUAG